GAUGAAUAUCUUGUGACCCAGCCUCUGAUUCCUUCUAGAGACCCUCCCCAAACCCACUCUCUGGGCUGAGCCAGGUUCUGUGAUUCCCAGGGAUAGCCCUGUGACCCUCUGGGCCCAAGUGUCAGGGGACCCUUCAGGCCCAGGAGUUCCACUUGGAUAAAGAAGGAAGGCCAGCACCCUGGGACACACAGAAGAUACUGGAUCCCGGGAAAAAGGCCAAGUUCUCCAUCACACACAUGGCAGAGCCACAUGCAGGGAGAUACCAGUGUCAUUAUCUCAGCCAAGGUGUCUGGUCAGUGCACAGUGACCCCCUGGAGCUGCUGGUGACAGGAGCAGCCAACACCAUCAGCCCAUCACACAACAGCUCAGACAACACGAGUGACUCCCACCCCCAGGACUACACAGUGGGGAAUCUCAUCCACAUGGGUGUGGCUGGAUUGGUGCUGGUGGUCCUUGGGGUACUGCUGUCUCAGGCUCGAGACAGCAAGAGAAUGGCCGAGGCUGGCACCAGGACCUGA